CCUGGAGGAGUCGAAGAGCCAUUUCCUCUAUUUCCGGGUGAUACUUGUCCCGCUGCUGUUGUAGGUCGCGAACGCGGUGUUGUAAAAAGGGUUGUAGAAGAAGAUGCUUGUUCGGCCAGAGCUAGUCCAGCACAAAAGAACGAUAGAAGUCCACUUUUCAACGAUUUGGAGCUUGUUGUAAGUGGACAGGAGAACAACAACAAUGGUGUUGAUGAUUCAUUUUUUGCAUCCAGGAGGAGCGGCGCACCUUUCUUCAAUCCUGGUCCUCGAGAACAACUGAUGGUAUAUCCAGUGAAGCACGACAUUAGUGACGGCGACUACAUGGUUCUCACUGAGGCUGUCUGGCGAAAGUUUGCGAAUCUGUAUGGUUACGAUUACUGCAUCAAGCGGCGAGCAGUGCAUCAAGCUUGUUCGUCUGAGGACUCGCCUGCAUGGGAACAGGGGAAGCACUGGCUGGAGUACAAAGAUGCACAUGAUCCUCGGGAUUUCUCAUCUUCUGCAGAAUCGCCACGACCACUAAAUGCGCCUGACGAAGAUGGUACUACAACUAACGUGGCUAGCACGUCUCCUAUUGGACCCCAGGCCCAGCAAGACCAGGGAAAUGGCACUUGUACUUCUUCUUCAGCAAUGACAAUCGCACUAGCUCCCAAUCCCUACCACGGAGCAGCAAAGUUGGAGCUCGAGGGAGCAGCCAUUCCCGUUUUCCACGCUGUGAAAGGGAAGACAGAGGAAUGCCCUGGAGGCGACCCGCAGGUAAUCCUCUACGAGUCAGCGCAUGCCAGUGCAGAUGCAGUUCUACGUCGUUUAGCAGCAUAUUUUGAGGUAGCGGAUCCAAUGGCUGUUGUGACUAGUACCUCUGACAAGGUGGUUGAAGUAGCAACUGCAACAACCUUUGGCACAGAAGUAGAACAAACACAACCACAACAAACUGGAGUACCCACGUCGUGUGCAUUGCCAUUGCCCGAUGAAAGCGAACAACAACUACAGGCUGUAGCAUCUCCCUUCGAAGAACGACCUCCUGUCCCACACGCACACCAGCUUCCACAACCACAUCAAGGCGAAUCAUCUUCCUCGACAUCUUCGGUCCUAAAGGCCCCCACUUCUAGUUGUAAAGCAGGCAAUGACCAGCAUCGCUCCCAUCCAUACAAGCAAAAGCAAAAUAUUCUGCCUACGACGCCUUUGGAUAGCUGGCGGAGACGGAAAUUGCAGUUCUGGGACUACUUUCAGAACAAGAAGUUUGGUCAAGCACCCAUCAAUCUCUCGGAACAUAAAUCCCUGAAAGGGCAUCGGAUUGGUCCUAGAAAUCCGAUUUUGCUAGAGGAAGCAGACGAAGGCGGUGAAUUCUUUCCGAAAGCAACAGUCAGUAGCAGCUCGUCAUCUUCGAUGUUUUCGGGGUUUGGGAGAAUGGUAGGAAUUUAACUAGUUCGGCCUUUCGUUUUCCUCUUUUACUUAAAAUACUAGAUAUUUAUGAUUGGAGUUAAUAUCAUUAUCCUGUUUGGAGUUAAUAUUUUUGUUGACACAUUAGACUUGAGAGCCGCAGAACUCGCAUGUGUUCCGUUCAUCUUCCCGAUCAUGGUGUCACGACCCUCGCCAGUAAGAACUCGUUUGCUAGUACUUCUCUUCAUCAAGUGAAUCAACCCAAAAUGAUACCAGAACCAGCAUCAAGAGGACGUCCCGGAACGCACUGACAACAAGUCCAACGCCGUUGGCUCAGUCGGCCUCAACAACCUUGGAAACACGUGUUAUAUGAACAGCUCUUUACAGUGCAUCAACUCUCUGCCGUGGCUGAAGGAAUUCUUCGUUUCACGCCAGUACAAAGAAUUCCUGAACGAUCAAGCCUGGAAAUCACAGGGAAAGAUCGCAGAUAGUUUCUCGAAUUUGAUGAAGCUCAUGUGGGAGAAGGACGUUAUUAAGGUACUUGUUACAGUUCUUUCUCAAUAAUGGUGGUUAUCUAAAAAGUUUGGUAGCAGCUCUCAAGAACAUUCUCAAUUACAACAUUGAGAAGAACAAUCAACGACGACCAACACCAUCUCGCAUCAAAAUCUUCUACUUCCAGGUCGCCCCCCGUCGUUUCAAGCAGGAGCUGGGGCAGUUUGCAGAGCAAUUCUCAGGCUACAUGCAGCAUGACGCGAUGGAGUUUCUCGAGUCCCUCAUCGACGCGCUCAAGGAAGACACUAAUACGGUCAAGGGUCGGAAACCCUAUUUCCAGUUUCCGGAUGACGACGUUAGACCCGAACGCGAGAUCCUAGAAGCUUACCUCCAGGGCCAUCGGAGACGCGACAACUCGUUUAUUGAUGAAAGCUGUUUUCAACUGGAGAGGAGUCGAGUCAGGUGUCCGAAAUGCGCCAAAGUUAGCGUCACUUUUUCUCACAACUUAGCUGCGUCGUUGCAAAUGGUGUCUGCGCGUGAGCAGAAAUUCGUCAACAUGACGGUGAAUGUGGUAAGAAAGAAUAAGGCUUUUUGGAAUCCGCCGAUGGAGGUGAUGACAGGAGCUGGUGGAACUGGGAGUAGCUUGACUUCAUCUUCCAGUACUUGUUUAUUUGGCGGUGCAGCUUCUGCCACGACUGCAGCUUCUAGUAGCACAACGAGUAAUACUAAUAUGAUGAACAACAUGAACCAACACCAAGUAGAUGUAGUUCAAUUAGCACCCUGUUCUACACCGUUUCCGAACCCUGCUGAACAAGAAAGGAGCGGCGUGGUUGCAGCUCCUCCUGCGUCUGCAAGCGCUACCUCCUCUUCGGGAGGAGAAACGCAGUCGGCUUUCACCUACCUCACUUCUCCGACUUCUGCUUCUACACGUAGUCGGAGAAGUGAGGUACUAACCUCAGACGUGGUAUUAACAUCUUCUUCCACAUCAACUUCAACUACUUGUCCCGCGUCUUGUUCUUAAGGGUUACCACAUUGCAUUCUUCACUACCGUCCUUGACUUUUUUUCCAGUAGGAAAAGGGUCAGGGAUGAUCUGAAGAAUGCAAUGUCGCAACCUCUAACGUGCCUCAUCCUCCUCUUCAAACAAAGUAGGAACCAAUAGACCCCUUCCGACUCAAAUCUCAGUAGACGUGCCCAAGGGUUCCUCCGUCGCUGACUUGAUUCAGCAAAUUGCCACGUCACAUUCUCAGCACUGUGGACACUGGGACUUGGAAAAAAACAUUCUAGUCGUAGACGUGCGGAAUCCACGAGCCUUCAAAUACUACGAACCUAGAGACAACGUCGAUUUGAUCCAGAAGCAUGAGGUGUUGUACAUCUAUGAGGUGGAUGACAGGAGUUGUUUUUCAGAGGAUAGAGAGGUGUUGGAAUUGGCAAACGGUGCUGGAGGUCAGAGCAGUGGUCCUAUUAUUGCGUUGCCACCACCAACAGGUGACGCUGUAGUAGCGCCAGCUGUUGACACAACCUCGGCUGCAGGUGCAUCCACCUCUUCGUCCUCUUCGAGCAGUAGUUCAACUACAGCUGCAACCUCAACGGCAGUAGUGAGUCCCGAACAAGGACAAAGUCCCGAACAUGGUGGAGACGACCAGGACAAAACUAGUGCGGCAGCAGGCGAAACACCAACCUGUGCGACAUCAAAUUCUAGUCCUUCAGCCAAUGUCAGUACGUCUGGGGACACUAUUGCUGGCGACGGUACUAGUUGUGCAAAUUCUCAGUCUCCCAGUCCCGCUCCAGAAGUAGGUGCCUCUGCAUGUGGAUCUGGUUCGGGUUUGACAACGACAUCAAAAGAUGCACCACGACAAGGUGCUGCACCGUCUUCUAGUACUUCUUCAGCAGCAGCAACUCUAUUCGGAACUUGUUCAUCUUCUACGUCUCUAGAAGCAAGCGCCAAGAAUAGUAGUUGCCAAGAAGUGGACUGUCCAAGUGCGCAGGAGUUGGAGUUUCAUACAGCACGCUCAGAAACAGAGCUCAAUAGCAUUUCUUGCACAUCUUCUGGAGUAGGUGGAGGAGCACAGCCAAUGGAGCUAGUGGGCGUAGGCCUUGAGCAGACCACUGCGCCACGGCCAGUCGUUCCAGAUGAAGUAGAACAAGAGCACAAGGACUCCGCAGCUCCAACAUCUACAACUUCCUUAGACAACAACAAGCCUUUCACUUCCACCACCUCGAGGACCACCUCUUCAUCUACUUUCCCAAACAUUUCUUCUAGCACGACCUCUAGUUCUAUGCCCCGAGUUGCUAGCUCCGGCUCUAUGCCAGUAGUUGCUGGUUCCUCUAGCUCGAGCAGUUCUCUGCCACCGAUUUCGCUGUCAGAAGUCCCUGUGCCGAUGGAAGGAGUGCAAUUAACGACGACGACCACUUUGAAGCGACCUCAUGUUGACGCCUCGAGUCCCUCAGAUCGAGACGACGUCGUGCCACCUUGUACGUGGCUGAACAACAACAAUUACACCGCGUCUUCAGGAGGUUCGGCUGGUUGCUUCCCAGGUGGAUCGAAUUCAACGAUGUCCACAACCACAGGAAGCGCUUCUAGUACUAGUUCUAACGGUUGUUCUACUAUUAAGGCUCAAAACAAUUCAUUUCUACAAGCCAUUUUUUGCAGUUUCCUUCUUGGGAUUCUGAAGAAAUGCAGGCAAGAAAUGAAACGUUUGUAGCUCUAAUACUAGUUCCAGCUGUGCUUCGACCAUCCUGCACAACGGCAUCGUGAUGCACAUCAACAACAAUGCGAACUCGAUGGGAGGCAGGAAUUUUCACACCUUUCAGAAAAUCCCCCCUGUGGUCUUCUCAGUGCCACGCAACACCACGGUUGGAGAGUUUUACAAAGUCAGUCGGGAAAAAUUGGCCUUACACAUUGGCGUACCACAGACGUCGCAGUUGCCAGCACUACACAUUUUCAAGAAAGAGGCGAACAAGUAAUUUCUACAUGUAAUUCUAAUGCUGGUAAACGAAUAAGAAGUACUAGGUUUUUGAAGGUCUACUAGACGUCGUGAAGAUCCGCGAAAUCAUUGUGAUCAAGUAGUUCUUGUACCCCUCUUUCUAGUCUUACUAGCCUUCAAUUUCUCCUCCAAUCUUCAUUACUCACAGGUCUAAUAGUACUUGGGGGCGAGCUUUCACCUCGGAAAGUGAAGUGCAGGAGUUUCUCGAGGAUGGGAGCCCAAAUACUGCCUUAGUUUUCGAGGACGAUCAAGUGCCGGGUAUUGUAGAUACUUGAUGAAUUACGUGGUUAGUAGUAGUAGUAGUAGUGUACCCAAUCUUGGAGUAUGCAACUCGAUUUGCGGCAUAUUUUCAGGGAUUCCUCAGUAUGAAACUUCAUCACUCCCAAUGUCUUCAAUUAUGACCGAAGAGAAACUUUCUUGUUCCAACAUUUCCAUCCUCUACUCACGAUCAGGCAAGAAAUACUUCCGCAUUGCGGAGCAGAACGUAGAAGCUACGCAGCUCACGCAGUUCGAUUUCCCCAGUCCAAGGCCAAUUGGUUCCGAAAAACGGCGUAAGAGUGAACUCUUCCUAGAGAGUUUACUCGAAUCCUACAUGGAGGAGGAGCAGUUGGGCGAGGAUGAUUUAUGGCGCUGUCCGAGGUGUGACGAACGAUUACCAGCAUAUAAGAAACUAGACCUCUACAAGCUGCCUCCAGUCUUCGUAAUUCACCUGAAGCGGUUCCAGUAUACGAGGUACCAAUUAAUACACUACUUGUCCAAAGAACCUAUCUUUUAUUUUGUUCUCACCAUUUAAAUCUUCACAAGUGAAUCAUGAUGUGUAUGCGGCUGUUGAUAAUCUGGCGUGUGACUGAAUGUAGAGAACUUCUACCCAUCUUCUCUCGGAAAUCCUCGGAACACCAACUUUCUAAUACCAGCAUGAUAAAUUCUCCAGGUGGUCCCGAGAGCGCAUCAGCACGCCCGUGAAGUAUCCCGCUGUUUUGAAUAUGGAGAGCAUGGUUGUUGACAAGAGUAACUCCGUGCCAUCGUCCAACUGCGAAGACAAAGCAGACACUGACACCAAUACCUACUACCUCUCUGGCGUGGUCCGGCAUGAAGGUACUCCAGACGGCGGUCAUUACAUCGCUUUUGCCCGUAAUUGUGUGACCGGUGAGUGGUACGAGUUUAACGACAGCAUCGUAACACCGAAAACCGAAGAACAAGUGCUGAGCGAAACCGUAUCAGCGUACGUGCUGUUCUACACGAGAGGAAACUACGCUACCUGGAGAAAGAUGAAGGGCUGCUCGAAUGGUCGUAGUGGUGCAACUACUUCCGCCUGCACUAGCUCCUCAGCAACAGCAACUUUUACUUCUAGAAGUUCUACUGCGGCUCCUGUUGGAGAUACAGCCAGUUGUAGUACUGUUACAGCUCAUAUCGCCAACAUUGAUGACCAAGGCAGCAGCACCAGUCAAGAGAUGAUUAGUAGUGGUAGAACGAGUCUGCAAAAGUCAGUGGCGCAGAUGUUGGAGACAGUACGGCGUAAUGCAGAAGCGAGUGAUGGGGAUUCCACUGCGGCAAGCAGUAAUGCCGAGCGGAUUUGAAGGUACUGGUCGUGGCUGAGAGGGAGAAUACGUCGGGAGCAUCUUUUUUGUUGAAGACAUCCUUGAGGAUGUCUUCAUCUUCAUGCUCAUUGUGGUGAUCAUAGGGAUGAUAACUUCUUCUUCACAGUGCAACGACCUUGUCAUUAUAUUGCCAGAGGUAGGUGCUAGAAGUCGUGUAAGUACGAAUAAAUAUUUAGUACUAAAACUAAAAGUAAGGAACACGACGUGCUCAACAUGUACAAGCAGCACAUGAAAACUCUUAUAUCAAAACGUCAUGCUCAUGCGAUAAUCUUGCUCAAAAACUAGUGUUGCGGACAUUGCGGUCUUAAGGACUUUUUUAGUGAAAACGUGACUUGCUUAUUGCCCAUGGCUUAGUUGCAUAACGACGGUGAUUAGGGCUACACCUCCACCAGUUUCAUGAUGAUUUUACAGGUAGCAUGAUGUUGAUGUUUGCAUGUUUCGAAAUUUCAAUACGACUACAGCGUUAUCAACAACAGUUGUCUACUCAACUACUCAAUGACAUUAGAGAUAGGACAUUCUUUCAUAAGAAACCAUGACCACGUUCGGCGAUGGCGAUGCUGCAGUAGUACCUCUGAAGUAGUUAUCUACUUUUACUUAAACCCUAGACUUUUACUUACUACUCGUACUUACUCAAUUGUGCUUGUGGUUGUGUCCUUUUAAUUAAGCACGACAAGAAGUACAUCGAUCUUCAUGGAUCGAAAACAUAUCAGCUAACAUAAUUCUGGUGCGAGAACGGACCAGAAGUUGUGUGAAAUUUGAAUGCAUGUAGAUCAUGGGGUCGAACUCCUAUUCCAUUUCCUACCAUCGCUUUGAAGGCCCUAAUACCCCUCUCCAACAACGCGACUCCUCAACCUCUUGCCCCCUCCAUUUUUCUUUCUUUGCUGCCUUAUCCAAAACACGAACAUGAUCAUCAUGAAGAAGAAGAACAUGCAUAGGACAGGCUUCGGCUAGUGCGUCCUCCGUGAUGCUCAAGACGUCGUAAGAACAGUAAAAAUAGUGUCGACAACAUCAAAAU